CUGCUUUAAGGGUUGGUUUUGGGGCUUUGAAUGAGGCUGGAGGGAGGGUUUUUAGAGGUGUUCUUGGGGGCUCUUGUGUGGGUGGCUAUGGAAGUCGGUUAGUAUGGGUUUAUGAGGUGCAAAAAGAGGUGACUGGUGUUAAGGGCUAUUAUGGAGGUUAUGGGGGAGUGAGAAGAGUUAAAUGGAGCUUGGGAGGAGGAGAUGGUGGGGCUAUAACGCAAGGAAUUCGGUGA